AUGGCUACGACCACGCGCCAUGACUGCCCCCAGGGCUUCGCUGAUGAUGACUUUGCCGUUGAGAAUUAUGACAACUACCCUUCCAGUUUUUGCAGCUUGGAAAACGAGAAUCUGUUUCCCAGGUCCAAGUUUCCAAUGUUUCGUGAGAGGGAUACUCCUGACUCGCACGAAGCCUAUGCGCUACUACGACCAGCGCUCCUUCUUACGUCCCGAAUAAUAACGCAAUGCUCUCAGACAUUUGCCCUCUUUGUCCGCCGUCGACACCCAGGCUCACCGGACGCAUGGCUUGGGGCUGAUGCCGAGCUCGAACUCUCAAAGGAAGAGAUCACUCUAUGCAUCCAGCGCACUAUCCCCAAUAUCGACUUUGACCCCGACAUGGACCCGGAUUCUUCCUCGUUUGCAACGACGACCUUAUUCCCAGACCGGCCGUCGGAUCUCAUCAUCGUGGACUACAAUCUUAUCCGACUGCUUAAGAAUUCGGCUUCGAGUAAUAGUCAGAAAAUGGCGGGUCUAGUAUUUCUAGCAGUCCUACUCGCUCACGAAUUAGCCCACGUUUUAGAGUUCCGCAGCAUCAGGGCCGGUCGACUACGGUCUGAUGGUCAGCCUUUUGAAACCCCUGCUGGCGUAACUUGCCGCGAGGCCGGCACUGCUUGGGAAAUUCGUGCAUUUGGAGGCCGGGUUUACCCGGUCUGUCAACUUGAGAAUUCCUUGGCCAAUAUGCGUGGUUUAUGCAUCAAAAGUACCGCAUGGGAUUUUGAUAUGAUGAAAGUGAGUGAGAACUGGAUUCGUCAACUUUUCACCGAGUCCCAUUGGACUACCGUCCAGCUGCCCCUCCGACCCCCAAUUGACAAAUACGCACGAUACGCACUUCUUGAAGAUGAACUGAUUGAUUGGCGGCGUGAUCUAUUCACGAAACAAAAGGUGCGCAGUUCAGACGUACGGGUAGAAUCGGGAAGCCCUCACAAGAAGCCUCGGUCGACUGGGCCGCUCAAGACAUGCGGAGGCAAGAGAGUGCAGAUGGGGCCGGAAGAGGAUCAGAGUGAUCUCAACCGAGUCCAUCCCGGGCGAGUCCCAUUUCGAUGA